UGUGCUCAGAGCCGCUACAGCCGCCGGCGGUGUGGGAAGAGGGUGGCGGGGCCGUGAAACCUGGGAUGGCGGAGACUCUGGCAGGGUCCGGCGAGUCGGGUUCUGGCACAGCCGCUGUCGGAUCGGGUGCCUCGGAGGCCGGGACACGGCGGCUAAGUGACUUGCGGGUGAUAGACCUGCGGGCGGAGCUGAAGAAGCGGAAUCUGGACACGGGCGGCAACAAGAGCGUCUUGAUGGAGCGGCUCAAGAAGGCGGUUAAGGAAGAAGGGCAGGAUCCUGAUGAAAUUGGUGUCGCCUUGGAAGCCACAAGCAAGAGGACAACAAAGAGAUAUAUUAAAGGACAAAAGAUGGAGGAAGAAGGUACAGAAGACAACGGCCUGGAAGAAGAUUCCAGAGACGGGCAGGAGGAUAUGGAUGCAGGUUUAGACAGCUUGCAGAGCCUCGACAUGAUGGAUGUGGGUGUGUUGGAAGAGAGCGAAGUUGAGAAUAGCAGUGCUCCCGACUUUGGGGAGGACGGCGCUGACAGCAUUCUCGGUUCCCUUUGUGACAGCAAAGAAUACGUGGCGGCCCGACGGCGAGAGUUCCCGGCGCAGCUCGCAGAGCACGCUGUGGAUGGGGAGGGCUUUGAGAACACUUUGGACGCUUCGUCACUGGACUUCAAAGUACCUCCGGAUAUUGAAGAAGCUCUCUUGGAGCCAGAAAAUGAGAAAAUACUCGACAUUUUGGGGGAAACUUGUAAAUCUGAGCCAGUAAAAGAAGAAGGUUCCGAGCUGGAGCAGCCCUUGGCACAGGAUACAAGUAGCGUGGGGCCAGACAGAAAGCUUGCGGAGGAAGAGGACCUUUUUGGCAGCGGCCACCCGGAGGAGGGUGACUUAGAUUUGGCCAGCGAGUCAACAGCGCAAGCUCAGGCGAGCAGGGCAGACACCCUGUUAGCGGUAGUGAAAAGGGAGCCCGUGGAGCAGCCAGGCGGUGGCGCGCGGACGGACUGUGAGCCUGUAGGGCUAGAGCAGCCGGUUGAGCAGAGUAGUAAAGCCUCUGAGCGCACGGAAGCCUCUAGCGAGGAGGCCGCGGAAGCGCCCCCGGAAGCCUCAAGCCCAGACCCCAGAGAUAGCAAAGAAGACGUGAAGAAGUUUGCUUUUGAAGCUUGUAAUGAAGUCCCUCCGGCUCCUAAAGAGUCCUCAGCCAGUGAGGGCGCUGAUCAGAAAAUGAGCUCUUUUAAGGAAGAAAAAGAUAUAAAGCCAAUCAUUAAAGAUGAAAAAGGUCGCACCAGCAGCAGCUCUGGCCGGAACCUGUGGGUCAGUGGACUGUCCUCCACGACUCGAGCUACGGAUCUGAAGAGCCUCUUCAACAAGUAUGGGAAGGUUGUCGGGGCCAAAGUGGUGACCAACGCCCGCAGUCCUGGAGCUCGGUGCUAUGGCUUUGUCACCAUGUCGACAUCUGACGAAGCCACCAAGUGCAUCAGCCAUCUCCACAGAACGGAGCUGCACGGAAGGAUGAUCUCCGUAGAGAAGGCCAAAAACGAACCUGCUGGGAAAAAGCUGUCUGACAGGAAAGAGUGUGAAGUGAAGAAGGAAAAAUUAUCUAGUGCUGACAGACAUCAUCCUGUGGAGAUCAAAAUGGAAAAAACCGUGAUUAAGAAGGAAGAGAAGAUGGAGAAAAAGGAGGAAAAAAAGCCUGAAGACAUUAAGAAGGAAGAAAAUGAGGAUGAGCCGAAACCAGGGCCUACCAAUCGCUCCCGAGUCACCAAAUCAGGAAGCAGAGGAAUGGAGCGGACGGUCGUGAUGGACAAAUCGAAAGGAGAGCCUGUCAUUAGCGUGAAAACCACAAGCAGGUCAAAAGAGAGAAGCUCCAAGAGUCAGGACCGCAAAUCGGAAAGCAAAGAGAAGAGAGACAUCUUGUCAUUUGAUAAAAUCAAAGAGCAGAGGGAGCGCGAGCGCCAGAGGCAGCGGGAGCGGGAGAUCCGAGAGACGGAGAGGCGGCGAGAGCGGGAGCAGCGCGAGCGGGAGCAGCGCCUGGAGGCCUUCCACGAGCGCAAAGAGAAGGCGCGGCUGCAGCGGGAGCGCCUGCAGCUCGAGUGCCAGCGGCAGCGGCUGGAACGGGAGCGCAUGGAGCGCGAGCGGCUGGAGCGCGAGCGCAUGCGCGUGGAGCGGGAGCGGCGCAAGGAGCAGGAGCGCAUCCACCGCGAGCGCGAGGAGCUGCGGCGCCAGCAGGAGCAGCUGCGCUACGAGCAGGAGCGGCGGCCCGUGCUGCGGAGGCCCUACGACGACGGGCGGCGAGAUGAUGCUUAUUGGCCGGAAGGCAAGCGUGUGGCCAUGGAGGACAGGUACCGUCCCGACUUCCCUCGCCCUGAUCACCGCUUCCACGACUUUGACCAUCGAGACCGGGGCCAGUACCAGGACCAUGUGGCUGACAGGCCGCAGCUUCACUCCCGUCCUCAGGGAGAAGGCUUUAGAUGCAAGCCAGCUUUGUUUCACAGGAGGGAAGGUUCCAGGUCAGUGAUGGGAGAGCGAGAUGGGCAACACUACUCAGAUGACCGCCAUGGACACGGAGGACCGCCAGAGCGCCACAGCCGGGACUCCCGGGACGGCUGGGGGGGUUACGGCUCCGACAAGAGGAUGAGUGAGGGCCGGGGGCCACCACCUCCACCCAGGGGAGGACGUGACUGGGCGGAGCACAGUCAGAGGCUAGAAGAUCAUCCGGAGCGCGCGUGGCCGGGCUCGGUGGACGCAGGCACGGCAGGCAGGGAGCACGCGCGGUGGCAAGGUGGUGAGAGGGGCCUCUCUGGACCCUCAGGGCCAGGACACAUGGCAAAUCGGGGCGGGAUGUCGGGGCGAGGCGGCUUUGCACAAGGUGGGCAUUCCCAGGGUCACAUGGUGCCCGGCGGCGGACUGGAAGGUGGAGGAAUGGCCAGCCAGGACCGGGGCAGCCGAGUCCCGCACCCCCACCCAUACCCCCACUUCACCCGCCGCUACUAAGCCCCACACACUCCGAGCGUCCAGGUAGGAGGACGUACUGUUGACUCUCUGCCCGAGUCACCUUGAACUUGUGGAACCUUUUAAGAAACAAAAGCAAAUCCUGCCACCAUAUUGUAGCUCAAUACAAUGUGAAUUCACUUUUUUUUUUUUUUUUUAAAUAAACGUGUUCUCUGACGUUUUUAAGACAAGAUUUCUGUUAACGAGGCAUUCCAUUUUCCAUUAAUAAAAGUUUAUGGUUCGCA